AUGGGGUAUCUUGAUGCUGGCUUUUGUGAUAUGGAGAUUGAAUGCGACUCUAGUGCUACUGUAAUUCUUUUAUCUUCACCUACUGUUCCAACUCACUCUUUUUACAGCAUCAUUUCUUGCUGUAAAAUGAAGAUUCGUGAACCCUGGUGUUGUGCAAUUAAGCAUACCUACCACAAACAAAAUGUAGCUGCAGAUGCUUUGGCUACCAGAAGUUAUAAUCUUGGCCCUGGUCUCCAUGUCUAUGAUGAGGUGCCUUACUUCCUUGAAGAUAUUCCCACUGCGGAUGCUAGGGGUGGUGUGAGGCCUCGUUCUUUUAUUAUGUAA